UUUUUUUUUUUUUUUUUUUAAUCGGUACCGGGGAUCGAAUUCACGACCGCAUGCUUGCAAGGCAGGUGCUUAUGUCGCUGAGCUAAAUCCCCAGCCCCUGGUGUGUAUCUUUUAAUCUUAUUUUUGGAGACAGGGUUUUGCUAAAUCACUAGGUUGAGUCCAGGCUCAGGGAAGGAAUUUGAAAUUGUUCAGCUUUUAAAGCAACUGAGAUUACAGGCAUGCACCAUGCUGCUUGGUAAGCCAGGGUUUUUUUUUUUUUUUUUUUUUUUUCUUCUUUCUUUCCUGGCACUGGGUAUCGAACUCACAACCUCGUGCUUGCCUGGCAGGCACUGAGUGAUUUCCAGCCUAGGGCCUGCAGUUUAUCAUGGUUGUGAGUCGACUGUUCAGCAGUACAGCAGGCGCAUUUUGGAAAACAGAGAGCAGCACCUAAAAAGUACUGGCUCCCAAGGCUUUCCGUAGUACGGAAUGCGUGCACAAAGAUGGCCACACCCGGGAAAGCAGGCGCUACGGGCAGUCACGUGACGACUUCCGUUUGCGGAGCGCUACUUCCUGUACUCUUGCAGAGAGGCGGUGUUAGGGCUUAGCGCGCUUGGAUGCCCAGGUGGCCUCGGUUUAAGGGGCUUUCCUGAGAGGUCACCUGUAAGCCCAUGGAGGGCUCUUCAAUGGGGGAAGCGCCCGCGGCGGCGCUGUCUGCCGUGCUGAAACACAGCUCGGCUUUGCCGCCCGAGAGCGCGCAGGUCCGGGGCUACGACUUCAGCCGCGGCGUGGACUACCACGCGCUCCUGCAGGCCUUCGGCACUACCGGCUUCCAGGCCACCAACUUCGGGCGCGCAGUGCAGCAAGUCAACGCUAUGAUCGAGAAGAAACUGGAGCCGCUGGCCCAGGAUGAAGACCACCAUGCAGACCUGACCCAGAGCCACCGCCCGCUCACUGGCUGCACUAUUUUCCUGGGCUACACAUCCAACCUCAUCAGUUCAGGCAUCCGCGAGACCAUUCGCUACCUUGUGCAGCACAACAUGGUGGACGUCUUGGUGACCACAGCUGGAGGCGUAGAGGAGGACCUCAUCAAAUGCCUGGCGCCCACAUACCUGGGCGAGUUCAGCCUCAGGGGGAAGGAGCUGCGGGAGAACGGUAUCAACAGGAUCGGGAAUCUGCUGGUGCCUAAUGAUAACUACUGCAAAUUUGAGGACUGGUUGAUGCCCAUUCUGGACCAGAUGGUGCUGGAACAGAACACAGAGGGUGUGAAAUGGACACCUUCCCGGAUGAUCGCCCGGCUUGGCAAAGAGAUAAACAAUCCUGAGUCUGUGUAUUACUGGGCCCAGAAGAACCGCAUCCCUGUGCUGAGCCCUGCACUCACGGACGGCUCACUGGGUGACAUGAUGUUCUUCCACUCCUUCAAGAACCCGGGCCUUGUAUUGGACAUCGUUGAGGACCUGCGACUCAUUAACAUGCAGGCCAUCUAUGCCAAGCACUCGGGCAUGAUCAUCCUGGGUGGUGGCGUAGUCAAGCAUCACAUUGCCAAUGCCAACCUCAUGCGCAAUGGGGCUGACUAUGCCGUCUACAUCAACACUGCACAGGAGUUUGAUGGCUCUGAUUCGGGUGCCCGGCCAGAUGAGGCUGUGUCCUGGGGCAAGAUCCGGAUGGACGCAGAGCCUGUCAAGGUCUAUGCGGAUGCCUCCCUGGUCUUCCCACUGCUGGUGGCUGAAACCUUCGCCCAGAAAGCUGAUGCCUUCACACAUGAGAAGAACGAGGACUGAGCAGCCACAGUCCAGAGCCCCCUCUAUUUAUUAAGGCCCUACCCCAUCCCUUCCACUGUCAGUGUCUGGAAUAAACGUCCCCUGCAGUUGCUCUUA